UGGUAGGACCCAAAGCCAAACCAGACUGUAGAGGUGUGCUCAAGCUGUAAAACACUUUGUAUAUUUACUAAAAACAAAACAAAACAAAACCAGUUUUGCUCAAACGCUUCAUGUAAUAAUGCUCAAGAUUUUACUGAAAAGAAAGAAAUUCUGAGGACGGUCCAGAGAAUAAAUCAACAUGGCUGCUACCGAGACUGCAGAGUUAGGCUCUCCGGGGAACAAAGUGGAUCGGGCUGAUGGGGAUGCAAAGUACCCGCUGAAAGUGCUUUACUGUGGAGUAUGUUCCUUGCCUACAGAGUACUGUGAGUACAUGCCCGAGCCAGCAAAAUGCAGACAGUGGCUUGAGAAGAAUUUUCCAGACAUGUUUGCUAGAAUGACUAUGGGAAAUGCACCCAAGCAGGAAACAGGAGGAGGAGGUGGAGGAGGAGGAGGUGGUGGUGGUGGAAUGGGCGGAGAGGUGCCACUUGCUGGAGAGGAAGAAGAGAAGAAGAAGCAGAAACGAGGUGGCAGAGGUCAAAUCAAACAGAAGAAGAAGACCGUUCCUCAGAAAGUCACGAUAGCAAAAAUUCCACGUGCUAAGAAAAAAUAUGUCACCCGAGUGUGUGGCUUGGCCACCUUUGACAUAGAUCUUAAAGAGGCUCAGAGAUUCUUUGCUCAGAAGUUCUCCUGCGGUGCCUCAGUGACAGCAGAGGACGAAAUCAUCAUUCAGGGAGACUUUACAGAUGACAUAAUUGAUGUCAUCCAGGAGAAGUGGCCUGAGGUGGACGACGACAGCAUCGACGACCUCGGAGAAGUCAAGAAAUGAAAAAUCCGAUGUGCACUUUUACUGAAACAGAUGCGACACGACACACAAAAACACGGCCAAAUGUACACGUUAACAUCGAGUUGUUUUAUAUCUAUUUUAUUUACUCUAUAGAACAUGGUGGACUUGGCCACACCCUUGGCGCUUUUUCUCCCCCUCCCUCCCAGUUCUAGAUAGCUGCUUGUCCUCUUCGUUGCCAAAGGUCUGGUAUGAUGUGACUCAACAUUUUGCUUAAUCAAACUGCAAGCUAAUAAAUUCUGGGCUCAUUGGCUUGUUA